AUGUCCUUCUACUCAAGAUGUAUCCCUUCAAGCCCCUCACGUCUUUUCAAGAUCCAAGCGAGUAUAGCCACACACUUCCUUGCUCUAUUAAAUAUUGUUUUUCUGGUAUUGCCAGGAGUGUCAGGACCCCACGUGGGAUUUUUCUGGUUAAGAGUGGAAUAUAAUGGUCAAUCACAAUCGCAAUCUCAGUCCAUUCAAACUGCCAAAGGGGUGAACGUAAAUGGGACUGUAGAAGAAGAUGGCGAGAAUUGGUAUCUAGGUGGGUUUGGCGUAUGUAAGCUUGGUGAGAAAUGUCAACCUGGCCUGUCUCCCCCUGAUUAUUAUACUCCGAUACAACAAGUGUUGCAAUUACAUUUAGCUAUAACAGCGAUAUUUUUCGUGAAUUGGAUUUUAUCUUACGUUCUAUUCUCGUUCCCACAAUCUAUAUCUUCAAAGAGGUAUUCAACGUUAAUACCCCUCUUCGCACCGUUCUUCACUUGUAUCAUCUUCAUUGCCGAUCUGUGUGUAGCCCAUGCCUUGGAGAUUAAGGAGGGUGUAAAAGAGGUUGAAAAGAUAGAUGUGUUUUGGCUCGGCACAGUUGCCUUCGUCUUUUCCAUCUUAUGGUGUAUUUUUGCAGAACUAGAUGGGAUGUACAAGCGACAUGAUUUUGCGGAAUUCAACAAACCAAUUGUGGAGCCUGAACCUGAGAGGGGUCUUGCUGAGAAAGCCGUUCAUGGUGUUUACAGUCUAUGGCCAUGGCGUAGGGAAGAGAAAAGCAGAGAAAAUGGUAGGAAGAGGGAAGAUAAGCAUAAUCAUAGAUCUCGGAGUGGGAGUAAGGGAGCUAAGAGAAAAUCACACCAUAGGAGUCAAAGUAUGAAUAAGAGGAGUGAGACAGCGUAA